AUGGCCGCCACCCCCAGCAAACCAAUCACCACCGUCGUGUCCUACCCAUCCAAAGACCCCAAGACCGGCGCCCCUCUGACCUUCAACAUGGAAUACUACCUCUCCAAACACAUGCCGCUCAUCGACAAGGUCUGGGGCAAGCACAACAUGCUGCGCUGGCACAUUCACCAGUUCCCCAGCCCGGACCCCGUGACGGGGGAGGCCCCACCCUAUGGCGUGCAGACCACCAUCUACUGGGAGACGGUGGAGGACUUCAAGGCCGCCAUGGCGGACGCGGGCAGUGCGGUCACGGGCAAGGAUGUGGAGAGGUUCAGCAAUGUGUGGCCGGUGAUUUGGACCGGGGAGGUGGCGGGGAGUGAGGAGAGGGGGGGUGUUGAGGAGAAUAUGAAGAGUUUUGUUUAUGGUGAAGGGGGUUUGUGA